GAUAUCCUGAUAUACACGCCAACGAAGACCGUGUGUGGAUUCGUAGAGCAAAUCGAAAUUGGCAGGAUUAAAGGGAUUCGCGAACGCAAAGGCAGCGGCUAAAGGGCCGCCCAUGCACCAAAGAAACAAACUAGCUGGUCCAGCGGUUCUUUUAUCUGCGACUAACAUGCUAAAAUCGGCGUAAUUGGCAAGUUCAAUGCACGACUAAUAUAUUUGGCCACACUUGCCAGUGUAUGUUUGUUCGUGUGCGUGCCUGUUUGUGUGGUGUCGUCUCCGUGCGUGUUUGUGUGUCCGCGACGAGUAUGUGUGCGCACAUAUUCGUAUAUCUGCAAGACUCGCGGAUGAAACAGCGUGAAAAGUGAGCAAAAUAUCGGGGAAAAACGGCACGGCACGGCCACAGAACGGUACGGUACGGUGCGAUACGAUACCGAGAAAAGGGCAUCAGCCAGAGAACUCCUCGAUCCGGAAACGGACAAUGGGGAUAUAGCUGAUACAGCCAAUAGCUCCCCGAAAGCCACAGCACACAAUAGGUCGGUCGGUCGGUCGGUUGGUUAGUUGGGCGACGUCGUCGAGAGUAAAACAUAUAAAAUCAAACCCAAGAACCGACGGAUCUAAGUGUCAAGUGUUUGGUGUUGUGAAAUUUUUCGUUUCCAGCUCUCCGUUCAGCGUUCAGCCAAUUUGCCAACCUUUUCCCCACUCUAAUUUGAUAUCCCCGGGACAACACAAGAGUUUCGAUCAAAAUUUUCAAUUGAACGCAACUUCGCCAUAAACAAAAACAUAAAGGUAAAAUUCGGCCACUACCCCAACAACAACAACAAAAAUCAUAAGAAAAAAUCACGCAGUAACGUAGAAGAAGCAGCAGCCGAAGCCGAAAAAAGACGAAAAGAAAACUUGUUUGAAUAGGCCGAACCGAAAGAAGAAAAAGAGCAGCAGCAGCAGCAGAGCGGCCAAGUUUGGAAGAAUUUCAGAAUUUCAGCGUGCUAGGAACGGAGCAGCGGACCGGCGACGUCACCAAAUAAACGCCCAUCACCAUGGACGAGGAUGACAACCUGUCCAAUGCCGACAUAAGCAUAGACGACGAGGAGGUGGUGCGGGAGCAGACCCACCAUCCGCCCAUGCAAGAGGAUCAGGAGCUGGAGAACGAAGACGGGUCAUCCGACGUGGAUCUGUCUUCGGUGUACGUCGUGCCACCCAUAGUCUCGGCACCAUCGCCCGCAUCAGUGCGCAUCGCGGGUGGAUCCACAGUUGGUGGCGGAGGGGUCGCAGCUGGAGCAAUCCCAACAACCACCGAUAACUCGCAUUCCCCCUUCCACGAUUGGGAUUCUAGUGUGGCGGCCGCUGCUGCUCCACCGCCGCCACCGUCAAGGGUAGGGGCCACUACCACUACAAGCUCCGGCACAGCGGCGGAAUCGGGAGCCGCGAGCUCCUUAUCCGACGAUGCCGGCGCCAAGCCAAGUUUCUUCUUUGGCGCCUCCUCGUUCAGUUUGCGCAGCCGCAAGGAGGUGGCCGCCCUGAUCAACACGGAAUGCUGCCGUGGCAGCCCCACACCCGAUCUCGACUCCAUAAUGGACACCCUAUUUAAUCCGGGGACGCCCAUCGACAAUCUGGACAACAUCGAGUGGAUACGAUGGCUCAUUGCCGGCGGACGGACGCCACAGGAGUUUGUUAAAAUUGUGCGCAGCUAUGACAACCACGCCAAAUGCGGUCUGGUAUGGGUGCCCCAUGUGGUGGCCUACAGGUGCCGCACCUGCGGCAUAUCGCCCUGCAUGUCCAUAUGCCGGGACUGCUUCAAGAAGGGCAACCACACGAACCACGACUUCAAUAUGUUCCUGUCACAGGCGGGGGGUGCCUGCGAUUGUGGUGACACCUCGGUCAUGAAGGCGGAGGGUUUUUGCAGUGAUCAUGGCAUCAAUAACCGGGUCAAUCGCGAUCCGGUGCCAAACAAUCUGUUGGCGGUGGCCGAGGCCAUAAUGCCCAAGCUGCUAUUCCGCCUGCUGCAGCACUUCCGUGAGCACAGCGACACCCCACUGGAGGUGCAGGCGAUAACGUCAUACUCAUGCGAGGAGUUCGCCAACAUGCUGAUCGAUCUGAACAACAUGGGCGAGAUAAUGCGCAAAGUUAUGACGCGCACGCUGAUAAAUCCGGAGGUGUAUGCCUUCUUCAUGGAAGCACCGUGCCAGGACACGCGAAAUGGACGCUUCUUGAAGGCGAACCGUGAGAAGUACGAGGAUGCCGUCAACAGAUUUCCAAACCCAGAGCCACCCGAUGAGUACAGAGAUCUGCCCGCUCUCGGCGACAAACUGGUCCACACCACGCUACUCGAAGAGUUCAUCUUCUGGACAUUUAAGUUCGAGUUUCCACAGACUCUGGUCUGCUUUCUGCUGAACAUGCUGCCUGACCAGGAUUACAAGGAACACCUCACCCGCACAUUUGUGAUGCACUACAGCCGCAUACCGUCCGUGUUGGAAAUGUCCCGUGAUCCGGACACGCUCAGCAACCGGGUGGUCCACAUGAGCGUCCAACUCUUCUCCAACGAAAGUCUGGCCCUCAAGAUGGUCAACGAACUGUCGCUCCUGCACGUUAUGAUUAUCAGUCUGAAGCUAAUGAUGUCCAAGAUACUCAUACAGAAUACAUUGCAUGAUCCCAACAAGAAUUUUCAUUUCGUCAUCGACUGCACGCGUCAGGUGAUGAAGGACCACUGCUACUGGCCACUAGUCUCGGACUUUAACAACGUCCUUUCACACGAAUCGGUGGCCCUGGUCUUUCUGCGGGACGACAAUCUCAUCGACAUGUGGUUCCAGUUUCUCCAGAUGCUACAGGGCAUGAAUGUCAAUGUGCGGGAGACGGCUUCUCAUGUGGAAUUCGAGCCAAAUAGCUACUAUGCGGCGUUCUCCUGCGAGCUUGAGGCCAGUGCCUAUCCCAUGUGGUCGAUUAUCUCGCAUCUGCAGGAUGGCACACAUGCCCACCUGGCAAAGAAGAUCAUCAACUACUGUGUGACGACGCUGCACGAGUGGCUAGACUCUAUUUACUUCAUGGAGGCGCGUCUAUCUAUGGAGGAGAUGAUGCAGGCUUCGUUCCAUUUUCCCCUGCAUCGAUAUCUGGCUGCCUUUGUUUGCCAGGCGGUAACUAAAAUGGGAAUCAGUCUGAACGAUGUGCUGCCCUCGCGCCCCUAUCUGCUGCCCCUGCUUAUGAUCCAUCCACUUCGCGUCCAGAGUUUCUUCUACGAAAUCCUGGCCGGGAAAUGGGUGCGCAAUGGUCUCCAAAUCAAGGGACAAGCGAUGACCUAUAUCCAGGCGAACUUCUGCAACUCGAUGGCCGACAUGGACCUGUUCUUUCUGCAAAUCUGUGCCACCAACCUGCCGCAGUACUUCUUCCUGCAGAACACCAUCGAGUUGUUCGACGUAGGUCAAUGGCUGGAGACGGCUCCCUUGAAGCAGCCCCAAAAGGCGGAGCAAUCCUCGAUGCUGGAGGGAUUCCUAACCUUUUUGGCCACCCUGGUGACGAGUCGCACCAAUCUGGGAAACGAUGAGGCCACCCAAUGCAUCAUUGAGAUCAGUGCCUUGUUGGCUACCGAGAACAAGACGCACUCGCAGCUCCUUGAACUAAUGCCGGAGCGGUCGGGCAAUGUGCAUACCAAAAACUUUGAGACCUUCCUAAAGAAGCUAUCGGUUUACAAGGCUCCGUCGAGUGGGAGCGAAAACCUGGAGCAGGGUCUCUUCACGCCCAUCGACGAGGUGUGGGAGAAGCACUACGAUCCGCUGCACGUCCUUUUGCGAGCAGUUCAUCGUCGAGACUUUCAAUCAUCGCUGGACCGCUUUACAAACUAUGUGAAGAGCAAGGAUAAGAUGCCGGCAAGUGGUAACCUAUGGCCACCUUUCCGAUUGCCCCAUGCUCUGCCCGCAACGAGCUCCUUCACUGAUCCCUGCAAGAUUCUGAACUCUCGCAUCUUUCACUCCACCAUCCUGUCGAUAUUAUUCCGUGCAGUUCACACACGUGAUGUUUCUGAGCAUCUGCUAGCUCUCGCUGUGUUCCUCUUAGAGAUUGCUGUGGAAACAAGUGAUGAUGUUGGCAGUGGAACUGGAGAUCGGGCCCCUCCUGCGCUGGCUGCUGUGGUGGAGUCAUCUAGCGGGCCGGGCUAUCAUGGCUACGGCUCGGGCCGGCAUGAGCCGCCCAAGCUCUUCCACUGCUAUCCCACGGACAAUCUUAGCUGCAACCUGCGCCACGUGGUCAAGAAAGUGUCGCUGAAGUCACGCGAUCCGCAAGUGAUCACCUCCAGCUAUCGGUCGAACCCAUUUUACUCAGAUCUGGACUUUGAUGUUGUAGCGGAUCCAGAGCAAACGAUGCGCAUGAUUGGUCAUGGGGACGCCGAAGGAGAUGAGGCAACGGGUGGAGCUGGACUGGGAAUGGGAGCUCAUAGCAGAAGGAAUGUCUCCCAGGCGCUGGUCCCGAUGAGAGUGCCCGGCAUGGAGGUCGCCCUACCACCGGAUCUGUCAGUAGUUGCCGAAACCGGAGUGGUUAUCCGGCAGGAUAGCAACGAAGAUGAUCUACUGCGAGAAGGCAAUCAUGCCAUGGAUAUGAGUCCACCGGCUGCUCUCGAUUUCCACUUUCCCCUGCAGCAGAUCACUUUGCCGGAGAGUGGCAUGGAGGUGGCCAUUCGGAGAGAUCUUCUGCUAGCCGAAACGAAUAAUAUGGGCGCAAUUGCGGGUGGAGCUGGAGGUGGCGCCAAUGCGUCGGCCACACCACCAGCAGGGGCUUCCAAUGAGAUGUUCUCGCCUACCACACCCACAGGCAGCGGUAUGCUCCUGCCUUUCCAGCGGGUUCAGCCUGUAGCCGUACCCAGUAGUGGUAAUAUGGAUAUUGUACCAUCAAAUGCCCUGGGCGCCGGCGGAAGUUUUACAUCCGGCGUAAGUGGUAGCGGCACUGGACGUAGAAUGAACUACGAAACGGGUGGAGCACGUAAGCGAUCCGUGGACAUUGCCAUCGGUGGCAGCAAUAAGAAUGAGCUGCAUUUGGACGAAAGCAUUUUGUCGCUGCUACUAAAGCUCCAUUCUCAGCUCUCAGGCACGCUAGACAGCUUCUCGUUGAGCGACGGCGAAGAUCAAUCAUCUGGCGACGAUUCGAGCAUGGAUGUGGACUGUAACGAAGCCAGCACCUCCAUGGCAGCAGCGGAGAGCACUGCCCUGGCUGAGAGAGGACGCAGUAAGCGCAACUACAAGAACAUCCAUGUAUCCUCCUCGCGCAUCGGCGACGGACCAUUCUUUAUUGGUAAUCUGCUGCGCAAGAUCGCCAAGCAGGAUGAGCAGUGCGCCGUGAGCAUCGACGACAUCCGUGCGAGACUCUGGCCGAAUCAGCGUGAAAAACAAGCGGAGGCGAAAGCACGCGAGACCAAGGAGAAGGAGGAGCGCCGCAAAAAGGCACGCGAGCGCCAGCAGAAGAUGAUGCAAGACUUUGCCAACAAGCAGAAGCUCUUCAUGCAAUCCGCUGCAGCGUCAUCCAGUGGCAUGGGCUACGGACCGGAGGACGAGGACGAUGAGGAGUUGUACGAGGAGCAGCCGCGCGAGAAAGAGUACGACUGCAUAAUCUGCAAUUGCACUACGCCCAGUACAGAAUCGAAUCCUAUCGGCUUGGUUGUUCUGGUCGAGUCCAGUGGCAUUGUUGGUCAUCGGCGGCGCAUCGCCGAGCGACUGCCGCUGCCGCUAAACGCGGAGGAUGAGUCCCGACUGGCGCACACCACUCGACUGGCGGCUGAAUUCAACAGGCGUACGGAACUGCUCAGUCUGAAGUUCGGCGAUGAGUCCUGGUAUCUGUCCAACAAUAUGGCCUACGACAACGGUGUACAUGUGCAGUCGUGUGGCCACCACGUGCAUCUCAGUUGCCUAGAGGCAUACCUUAAGACGCUGUACACCACACAACGUCAGCCAGUUCAGGAUCGUGGCGAGUUCUACUGUCCCGUGUGCCGACAGCUCUCAAACUCGGUGCUGCCGCUGAGCCCGCAACUGGACAGACCCACGCAUCUGGUCCGCUCUGGUAAUCAGCCAUUCGAACGUCUGGUCGCCGAUCUAACAGAUCUGAUUAAAGAGAACGAAACGAUACCGCAGCCCACAAAACUGACAGAGGCCAUGGGCCAUGUCAUGGAGGUGAUGACAAACAUUGCCCAGCGCAAGGCUAAAUGCUCCUCGAUAACGUUCCGCAAGCUGUUCAUAUUCGUUACCUCGAUUGCGCGUACAAACCUGGAGGCGGAGAUCAUCCAGCGGGGCGGAUCACUUUGCACAGCGAAUGCCACGCGAUACAAGCCAAAGCGGGAAUGCAUCGUACCGCUACUGCACGUGCUAUCGGUACAUGUGCGUGUCUUGGUCGAAUGGCCGCUGUGGAGCAGUUGGGCCUCGUUAGCUGGCCUGCCCGUUACCGCUACGGAACCGUUGCCGGCGCACUGCCUCGAGUUGAUUCCCAGCAUCUUAGCGGAUCCCAUUGCUCUGCUGCUCAAGUUUAUCCUGCUGGCGCCACUGCAACUCGACCAGGAUUACUUUACUUGCAUGGUGAAAGUCAUGUACAAUCUGCUAUACUAUCAAAUUGUGGUUCAGCUGUGCGUUACUCUCACCGAUUUGGAGUGCGAUCACAUUGUCAAAGUGUACGGCAGCACAAGCGCUGACAGUGUCAAUUCUGCUGCGGAAUUCCAACAGCAGGAGUCUGCCGCCGGGACCACGAACAACCGUCGCCGUGCUGGACAACAGCAGCAGAGCUCCUCGCAGCUGGGAAAGGCCAUGGCCCUGGUGCUGAGCCAGACAAGUGAGCUAGCUCACUUGCGACGCGACUGCAUACCCAGUACAAGCAGCUCGGCGGCAGCGGCGGCGGCUGGUUCCUCCUCCACAACGUCCACAAACCCUGGAGUCUUCUCAGCCACGACGAUCGAGGUUAACCUUAAGUCCAUGGAAUUACAGCUGCAGGCGCUAUGUUUGCCGUUUUUGCGAGUGGCUGCCCUGCUGCGCCAGCAUCUCUAUCGCCACGAGAUGCCGGAGAUCUCGGCACCGGGACUGGAGUUUGUGCGCCUUGUUUACUAUUUGGAGCUCGUCACAGAUUCUAUGGACUGGGAUUGCUUUAAUGCUAGCAAGGGGCUAUGCUUUAUUCCCGGCACUGAGACAACGCUGCCGCUGUUCUGGUGCCAGCAGUUGAUGGAGGUGCGUCCGCCGGCCGAUACGGUCAGAGAACUGGUGCUCAUCAAUCAGCAUUCGUUGUGGCAGCAGCCGCGACUUCUUGAAUUGCCGCGCGAGUACGAACGCUUGUUCACGUACUAUCAUGAGCGGCCGUGCCUCAAUUGCUAUAAAGUGCCCAAGGAGAGCUCCAUCUGCCUGCUGUGCGGGACGAUCGUAUGCCUCAAGCAGAACUGCUGCGCGGAGAAUGACUGCUGCGAGGCUGUUCGGCAUACGCUAUCCUGUGGCGGAGGCAUAGGCAUCUUUUUGGUGGUCACCUCCACGUACAUCAUAGUUAUUCGUGGACGACGCGCCUGUCUUUGGGGCUCACUCUAUCUGGACGACUUCGACGAGGAGGAUCGCGAUCUCAAGCGCGGCAAACCUUUGUAUUUGAGCAAAGACCGCUUCAAUCUCCUGGAGUCACAGUGGCUGUCCCAUAAGUUUGCUCAUACAAAACACACCUGGGUGUUUCACCGGGAUCUCUUGUGAAAUAUGGAAGAUCUACUGCGCAGCAUCCAGGAGUUGGUUGGCCAGAUCUGAAAUGCCCUAUCCACGCCUAGUCGAACCAGUCAACCACACAACCUCCCAUCCACCCAGCCACUCAACCACCCGUCCCCAAAAUCCGCCUUUAGCAGCUGAAUCACUAAUCCUAGUUUCAACGUUUUGUCGGCUUUUCGUAUCCGUUUACGCAUCUGCAUUUUGUUUACGGCUUUCGACCCCCAUCCCCCACCACAUGCUCCAACGCACCUAGAAGCAAUGUAGGCAAUUUGCAAUUAAUUGAUAUUACACAUUUUUAUACAUAAACAAUACCUAUAAUUAUGGAUGCAAAACGAUACGGAAUACCGACUACUAUUGUUUGUUGUCAACUGUUUAACUGAGAAACGCAUAAUACAACUUAUACAGAAGAUCACAUUAUACAUGGCGAUCGACAAGAAUAUUUAACAACCAAUUAUAAAUUACAAAUAUUAUACCCACCCACUUGCUGGGCAAAGACGACGCAAAAACAGCCUGGAUAAAACGGAGAUGGUGCAUCGCGGGUCUCCAGUUGCGUUCUACCUAAACUAAGUCUUAAGUCCUUAACUUUAUAGAUUUUUUUUUUAGGGAAACAAAGGCAAGAAGGCAAAUAACAAAUUACGAGCAACAAAUAACACGAUACACAAUAUAAAAAUUGCCUACAUUGGACUCAUGAGUUUGUGCAUGUAAAAAAUGAAAAAAAAGAUUAUAUAGUUAAUAUAUACAAAUACAAUAUACACUACAGUUAAUGCAACAUAAACAAAAACGAUUUAAAAAAAAAACAAUAAACGAAAAGCGAAUUGUGAAAUGCAUAGAAACUAGUUUGCAUACCCCAUUAUACAUAAAUAUUAUGUAAUUAAGAAGCAUAAGAAAAAAGUUGAUUGAAAGAAGGAAGGAUAAUCAAUCUGAAUUGGAAACACUAGGAUCGGAUGUGAAUUUGUUAUUAGUUUUUACAAAUUGUGUGUUAUUUAGGCGGCGCUCCAAGGGAACUUCGAUAUUGUUUCAGCCCGAAAGUUGAGCGCAUCCAAAUGUUUAUUUUGAACGAUCAAAUUGAGCCACUGCAAAGACUAGCUAAUAUUUCAAUAUCUAGAAGUAUAUACAUACAUAUAUAUAAUAGGUUUUUUCAAGCAAAUUCAAAAUUGCUGAAGUAGCGUCUUCGGCAAAAAACCUGGUUGUCUAGUAAUUGGUAUAAAUUUCCAUCAAGAUAUAGAAAAAUUGUAUGUGCGUUACACAAAAAGAUAUGGAAGAAUUGCUACGAAUUGUAAAUACACUGAAAACGAAGCUGCAUCUUGUAUAAUUAAAUAUUAAUAUAUCACA